AUGUCAAUGAGAGAGAAGAGGAAAUUGAAGUGGGUAAGUGCCUUGUUUGGAACCCCAAAUUGUGAUCCAAACUUUGUAUCCAUCAAUUGGGCCCGUAAAGGAAAUAUUGACCAACUACCAAGGUUUGAAAUAAAAAAACGCAAAGUUGAGACAUUUCCCGUUGAAUUCACUGUGUGUAUCUCUACCAUGUUUGGAAAUUACAAUAAUGUCUUACAAUUUAUACAGAGCAUGGAGAUGUAUAAAAUUCUUGGGGUACAGAAAGUGAUGAUUUAUAAAAACAGCUGCAGCCAAUUGAUGGAGAAAGUCUUGAAGUUUUAUAUUGCAGACAGAACUGUCGAGAUAAUUCCCUGGCCAAUUACUUCAUAUCUCAAAGUGUCUCCUAGAUGGAAAUUUAUGGAGGAUGGAACACAUAUUGGCUACUACCGACAAAUCACAGCUCUAAAUGACUGUAUUUACCGCAACAUGUACAGGAGCAAGUUUGUGCUUCUUAAUGAUAUUGAUGAAAUUAUUUUGCCCAUUAAACAUCCACACUGGAAAAUUAUGAUGAGCAGCUUUCAGGAGCAAAAUCCAGGGGCUGGGAUUUUCCUCUUUGAGAACCACAUAUUUCCAAAAACUAUAUAUGCGUCUACUGACAUAUUCAACAUUACAUCCUGGAAUGCUGUGCCUGGAGUUAACAUCCUGCAGCAUAUUCACAGAGAGCCUGACAGAAAAAAUGUAACUAAUCCUAAAAAAAUGAUAGUUAAUCCAAGGAAAGUGGUUCAGACUUCAGUCCACUUUGUCCUAUGUGUCUAUGGAGACAGUGUGAAUGUUCCCAUUGACGUUGCCCUAGUUUAUCAUUGCCUUCAAGGAAAGCUUCCUAGAGAAUCCCUGAUUAGGGAUACAACACUCUGGAGAUACAACUCAUCAUUAAUCGUGAAUGUUAACGAAGUGCGACAGAAAACAGUGUUGUAA